GUGCAACAAAUUUCAUACUUAUUCGUUUUCGAAAAAUGGAUGAGAAUCGAUCGUUGCCCGCUUGUUUUAGUUUACCUUUGUCAAGACCAAUUUAUAAUGAACAAGCUCUAAAUUCGAGUCAUGUCGAAAAACAAAUUCUAAUUAAGCGUAGAAAAUAUAUGACGAUGCCUUUAACGGAAAAGCAAGUUAAAAAUUUAGCUGAUAAAAGAAAAUUUCGUCAAUGUAAUUAUAUACGAACUUUGGAAACGAAAACUUCACAACUUGAAACGCUUUACGAAUCAGCGCAAAAAGAAAUUAAAUCCUUAAGAGAAAGGAUAACGAUACUUGAGAAAAGGCUUACAUCCUCAGGAAUAGACGGAUAUUAUUGCGACGUUAAUCUGAACGAUGACAACAUCGAUAAUUCAUUGACGUCAUCGGCGAAGAAGCACAAUCUAAUCUAAUGAUUACUUACGAAUGAUAGUCGUUACAAUGGAUAAUACUUUCCAUAAUUUACUAUAUGGAGAAUUUUAAGGUUACGUUCAAGAACGAUACAAAAUUGUUAUCUGAUAUCAGUAUAACCUUAUAACCUUAUUUGAUUAUUUGGGUUUUAUGGCGGUUUAAAAUAACAUUUUUUUCAAUUAUAUAUUUUUCAGAUUAUUUUAUAAAGCUAGAAAAUUGGACAUUUUAACUAAACCACAUUUGUAUAGAAAACUGUUAAGCCGUUAAGGAUUAUAGAGAAAGCUUAGAAAGCUUUUUUUUUUUAAGGCGAACUAAAUAUUAUUAUUAUAUUAGUUCGUUAAAUAGACAUUUAGUCCUUUAAGCUUUUGGUUUUUUUUUUGUUAAAUUUUUAUAUAUAUAAAUAAAGAUAUUUGUUUAUUAUGUUGUAUAUUGUAUCUAUAAUUAUAUUGUUACAUUUUUAUUUGAUAUU